GUACUACCUGAGGAGCGCGCGGCCGCAUCCCGGGUGCUCUGCGCCGUGUGUUUGUUGUUUGCGUUCAUCACCUCCGCAGCGUCACUGCUGUGUUCACUGGGACCAGACGGUUCAUCACACCAGGUCAGCUCUAACAUUAUUACCGAGUUCUGAGGAGACAAGUUAGCUCAACACUGUGCGGAGAGUUUACACGGAUAUAGCAGUUCUCAUUGCAUUUCAAUAUGCCGCACAACAAACACCACGCCACACCCCACCACUCAAGGGGUAGCAAACAACACAGCAGCAGACACAGGCACAGUGAGCUCAUGUCCAAUCCAGCCUUUACCUACUACCCAGGAGAGGAGAUGCUCCACUUCUAUCGCUGGACUUCACCACCAGGCGUGAUGAAGAUAUUGUGUAUCAUCAUCAUCCUCAUGUGUGUGGCUGUGUUUGCGUGUGUGGCGUCUACGCUGGCCUGGGACUACGACAUGAGCCUCAUGGGUCUGGGCGGAGGAAGUAGCCUGAUUCCAGGUUAUGGCAGCUCAUACGGCGGCUCAUACGGUGGCUCUUACGGCGGCUCUUACGGCAGCUCGUAUGGCGGCGGUGUUGGCGGUGUUGGCGGUAUGGGUGGCUAUGGAGAAACGCAGAUGGAUCCCGUAGCUGGCAAAGGCUUCAUCAUCGCCAUCGCCGCCAUUACCUUCAUAGCUGUGCUCAUCAUAUUUGUGUUGGUGAUCUCGAGGCAAAACACUGCCCGCUCACCAAAGUUCUACCUAGCAGCCAUCGUCAUCUGUGCCAUCCUAGCAUUUCUGAUGAUCAUCGCCACUAUUGUGUACUUGGUUUCGGUGAACCCAACAGCCCAGUCCACAGGGUCAAUGUACUACAGCCAGGUCAUCCAGCUGUGUGCCCAGUACCAGAACCAGAACCAGGCCCAGGGCAUCUUCCUCAACCAAUACCUGUACCAUUACUGUGUGGUGGAGCCCCAAGAGGCUAUAGCUAUUGUCCUGGGCUUCCUGGUGUUUGUUGCCCUCAUCAUCCUGCUGGUGUUUGCCGUCAAGACUCGCUCCGGUAUCAGGCGCUGGGGCCGGGACCGCGUUCUCUGGGAGGAAGUGAAGGUCAUUAAUGAUGGUCCACACAACAGCAUUGGAGAGUGGGUGAAAAAUGUGUCUGGUGACCCAGAGAUGCAGCUGAAUGACCAUAAUCCUAAAGUUGGCGGUUCCAGAGACUACUUGGACCAGCUGAACCACAGCAAGCCUCUUUACCUGCCAGGAGACUCAGACAUCAGCAGCUCUGUGGGAGUCCUGAAGCCCCGGCUGAAGGACUAUGACACUGGUGCGGAGUCUGGAGAUGAUCUGGAGGAGGAGGACUUCAGUGUUCUGUUUCCUUCAAUCAUGGAUGAGCAAGAGCGUCUGAACUACAAACGGGAAUUUGACCACGAUCACCAGGAGUACAAGAGCCUGCAGGCUGAGCUGGACAGCAUAAACCGGGACCUGGUGGACCUGGAAAGAGAGAUGGGCCGGCACCGUGAGGGCAGUCCACAGUUUCUGGAUGCCAUGGAUAAAUUCACCAGACUAAAGAAUCUCAAGAAGUCCCCAACCUACGAGAUUAAGAAGAAGAGGUGUAAAUAUGUCAGGUCCAAACUGUCGCACAUCAAGAGGAAGAUCAGUGAAUAUGACCGACGACCUUGAACCUUCCCCUCUGACCCCGCUCAUGCUGGGAAAGAUUCAGAUCUGCAAUUUCCCACACCGCUGUGUUUGAGUUUAUCACACACCUAUGUGGGAUUACUAGUGAAAGCCUGUUGCCUUUAUAUUACAUCUGUAUCAAGCCAAUCAACUGAGAUGUUUUUGAGAAGAGAGUGGGGUGAAGGAAGUUUUGACUUUUUUACUAUUGUCUUUGAUCAAUUCUUCAACCUCUGUGAGUUUCAUGAAGAACUAUGUAGGUGUAUAAAUGUAUUUUAUUUGUUUUUCUUUUUAAGUUAAAAAGUGAGAGAUGUGAUAUUUGUUUUAGUGGUAUUGUGACUUCUAUAAAGCAGUUAUUUUCUUUUAUAGGCUUUUGAAAAAUAUAUGUUUUGACAGUUUCUUGAACAAUGAAGGCACAGCUAAGAUGAGAUGAGGCAUGAAUUUGCUUAGCAUCAUCAUUCCUUGUAAAUAAUGUUUUACAGAUUGUUCCGCAGUAAGCUUCUCUGUACUUCAUUGUGUGGUUUUCUGUAAAUGAUGAAACCUCUCUGUACUUGUAAUUGUAAAUUCUUAUUAUAGACCCUUCUCGUUGUGGAUAUUUGAAGGAAAAGCUGAAGUGUAACUAACUGAUUAAUGAUGGCUUCAUUCCCUUUAGGAGUGUCAUCAACAUUUUUCUAACAUUUGUCUUUCUCUAUACUGAUUUUCGUUUCUAAUUUCCACAUUAUUGAAAAGCAAAUGAACAAUUCGUCCCACCGUGUCAAUAUAUGAUUAUUCAUUAGAUUUUCCAUUGAUGUAAUAAUGCCUGUUGGACUGUUUCUCUGAAUAGACAGAUGUAUACAACAUGUUUAUUUUGGUGUGCAACAAGUCCGUUUGUAUAGUACCUUUUGGAGAAAGCAGGGCUGUAAGCUUUCAGUAAAAAAAUGUUGCUUA